UAGCAGAGCAACAACAAUAACAACAACAACAGCAACAACUGCAAAUAAUAAGAAAACAAUAAAACAAUAACAAUAUCAAAACAUCACUUAAGACCACCGCAAUCAACAUCACAAAUUAAGAUUCGUACAACAAAAGUAAAACAGCAACAACAAGGAAUCCAUUGGAUUAUAUACAUAUGUACAUACGCAUAGUACUAUGACAACAAAAGCAAAACAAGCAAUCAUUCACAUCCGUAUCCAGCGCUUCGUAUGUGAAGACGCGGUGUGAAGACGUAAAGGCGUGGUGGCUUGGUUGCUUGGUGGCGAACGUGUGACAGUUUGGCAGUGUGGCAGUAGGACACGGGACAGGAACUCCUUUAUUUGCAUGUAAAAUGAACUGUCAAACUGUGGCGCUAACUAAAGCGGCAAUGCGACGAGAACGCAUGAAAAACGACAGGACUAACGAUAAGAGGAAUAACAGCCAGCUGCAGGCAAAAGUGUUGGCUGGAGCAGCAGCAGCAGUCGCAAAAGCAUUGGCAGCGGUAGCGGGCACAACCACAGUCGCAAACCGAUCCAGUUAAUGGGUUGUAUAUUCGAUCGCUUAAGACAAAGCUUAAUCAUCUGGGUACUUAGCAACUACAGCUUUAAUUAAAGAACAACAGCAAUACAUUUGCACAAAACUAUCAUAGAAUAAAAAUAGAAAUCAUAAACGCAAACGCAAACAAUAAAAUCAAAAUGAGCGCUUACGAUUUGGCGAGAUUGGCGAUGCCAGCCCAUGGGCCACCAAGCAUAUUGGAACCGCUAGCACCUUCAUUCCGGUCAACGACCACAACGACGACAACAACUACGACAACCACCACGACCACGACAACUUUAGCGCCAUCUGUCUUCUUCACCGUUAUGCUGGACAAUGUCACAACGGUGAUUAUCUUAGAUAACGAAAUAGCACAAAAUCAAACGAAUGCCACAGGCAUUUUCGAACCCAAGGGACCACGCUACUCGGUCUCCUCAAUGGUGAUCAUGGGCAUAAUUGCCGCCAUACUCAGCAUACUCACUGUGGCGGGGAAUGUUAUGGUUAUGAUCUCAUUCAAAAUCGACAAACAACUACAAACAAUCAGUAACUAUUUUCUGUUCUCGCUGGCAAUCGCCGAUUUCGCCAUCGGACUCAUAUCAAUGCCACUUUUUGCGGUCACCACGAUUUUAGGCUAUUGGCCACUUGGUCCACAUAUCUGCGACACUUGGCUGGCACUGGACUAUUUGGCUUCGAAUGCCUCCGUAUUGAAUUUGCUAAUCAUCAGUUUUGAUAGAUAUUUUAGUGUCACCAGACCUUUGACAUAUCGCGCAAAACGUACCACCAAUCGAGCAGCGGUCAUGAUUGGCGCUGCUUGGGGCGUAAGUCUGCUGCUGUGGCCACCUUGGAUUUAUAGUUGGCCAUAUAUUGAGGGUAAACGCACCGUACCGCAAUACGAGUGCUAUAUACAAUUUAUCGAAACCAAUCAGUACAUUACAUUUGGUACGGCGCUGGCUGCUUUCUAUUUUCCGGUGACGAUUAUGUGCUUUUUGUACUAUCGCAUUUGGCGGGAAACGAAGAAACGUCAAAAGGAUUUGCCCAAUUUGCAAGCUGGCAAAAAGGACUCUUCAAAGCGUUCGAACUCAAGCGAUGAGAACACCGCCGUUAAUCACACUGGCAUGUUGUCGUUUGCCCAUUUGAGUGCUGGUGAUCAUGACACUUGGAGGCGUCCAAGAUCUGAGUCCUCCGCCGAUGCUGAAAGCGUUUACAUGACAAAUAUGGUCAUCGAUUCUAGUUACCAUGGUCUGCAUUCACGCAAAUCGAGUAUCAAGAGCACAAAUACCAUCAAAAAACCAUAUUCGUGCUUUGGCGGCAUCAAGGAAUGGUGCAUUGCGUGGUGGCAUUCAGGACGUGAAGAUUCCGAUGAUUUUCCUUAUGAGCUAGAGGAACCUUCAGAUUUUGGAUGCACUUCGAUGAGUGUGGUGCGCGACAACUACUCACUUGGCGGCAGUGGGUGUGGUGUACGUCCGCCGAGCAUAUUGCUACCCGAUGUCUCACCCACACCCCUACGCCCGCCCAUGACACCACUCACCCAACUGCAGGAGAUCUCUUCCGCUUCGGGAGCGCGAGAUUCGCGUUCCCUACCUGGCAAUAAUCGCAUCGGUUCGCGUUCGGUAAGUCAAGAUUCAGUUUAUACAAUACUAAUACGGCUGCCCUCAGAUGGGGCCAGCGCCAGCAAUGGGCCAGAGGCGCCAUCAAUCAAAAUGAUACAUGAGGAUGUGUCACUACCAAUCAUAAGUGGACCACCAAGACGGCCACUUUCGUCGCGUGAUUCCGAAUACAGUUUACCAUUGGGACGGCGAAUGUCGCAUGCUGCACACGAUGUGCGCAUUCCACUCAAUGCGAAAAUCAUACCCAAACAAUUGGGCAAGAAUAUGCAUGCCACGUCGCGUGCUGCGGCCAAAAAGAAGAAAAAAUCACAAGAGAAGCGACAAGAGUCGAAGGCAGCGAAAACUUUAUCGGCCAUCUUACUAAGUUUCAUUAUCACAUGGACGCCAUACAAUAUACUGGUGCUAAUCAAACCACUCACCACAUGUUCCGAUUGCAUACCCAACGAAUUGUGGGAAUUUUUCUAUGCGCUUUGCUACAUUAACUCAACCAUAAAUCCGGUCUGUUAUGCACUCUGCAAUGCAUCCUUCCGCAGGACAUACAUACGCAUACUUACUUGCAAGUGGCACACACGCAAUAGGGAGGGCAUGACGCGAGGUGUGUACAACUGAGUGAGGCCUGCCGAGGGGACAAUGAUGCGCCGGCGGGAGGGUAAUGCGGGUCUCUUUGAAUUGCAGCAAAAUUCAAAAUUUAAAACAUAAUAGAAGUGAAUGUACGAAAUAUGAGUAAAAACUUGUGGCAAACUUGUGGGGGCGGGCAAAUGAAAUUGAGAAAAUAUUUAUUAAAGUUUGUAUGUUUAAUUAUUGUAGUUUAGGUAUGGUAUUUACAUAUAAUUAACAUUAUGUAAGUAUAAGCACAUGAAUAUAUACAUAAAUAUAUACAUACAUACAUACUUACAUACUUGUAUACAUACAAUAUAAUGUGAGCAGUUGGUCAUAGGUUUGUUAGAACCUCGACUUACGUGUAGACAUUCGUAUAUAUUGAAAUACAUAUUGUAUCACCUAGAUUAACCAUAUUAUUUUGGCACCAACAAAACCGAAAACCAAAAGAAAACCACAUGAAAAAACUAUAACUAAAAUAACAUUUAACCUAAGGACCUUAAUAAGGAUAAUUGUGUUAUCUGAAGAGACUUGAUUCCUUUAUUUUUGUGUAUAUUUUGUUAUAAGUAUUCGCGCAAUAGGAAGAAUUUUAUACCGCCAAAGUACUGAUUUUUUAAUAAAUACUCGUAAAUGGAAUUAAAACUAAUAAAUAAUAAUGAGUGUAAUGAAAAUUAGAGUAAUUCUUAGCAAAACAACAAAAAAAAAAGAAAAAACAAAAACAAAUAACAAUGUUAUACAUACUAAAUAUAUAAAUAUUAACGGAAAUGUAAUCAUUUGCAUACCUGUGAGUUUGAAGAAAAAUCACAAAGCAAAAACAAAAAAAAACACAAUAACAAAUCAUUAGCCUAACUAGAAAAUAAUUAUAACUUCCUAAUCACAUGCAAUGAAUAUGUAUGUGUAUGCAUGCUCGCAUAUAGAGGCGUUGGCCUAUGAAAUACCAAAAAACACUACUCGUGCAUACAAUACAUAGGCAAUCAGAGUUCCACACUUGCAAAGGUACAUAUGUAUAUGUAUAUCCAUAAUCCAUUAAAGCGCGCGCCUGCAUGUAGGCAAACACAUGUACAAGCACGUACAUGUAGUGAAGCAUGUUGCUGUAUGUGUGUGUGCAUGUGUGCAAAAACUCCAUUAGUCAACUGUCAACAUGCCGUUAAUCCGAUUCGUGUGAAUGCAUAUGCAAUUAUGUAUACAUGGUGCACUAGCUACAAACGUUAUAAACUACAUACAAAUCCUUGUAUAUUACUUUAUAUACAUUGAUUUUUAUUCUCCUGCAUUCUCCUGCACUCCAACAAUGGAGUGUAAUUUUGGUUUUUUUUCAUUUACACUACACAAGUUUCGUUGCCAUGUUUUAUGUACAUUAGGGCGGGUCGACUUUUUCCUAGCGCAAAAACCAAGGCGCAGAAAAUACUAGCAUUUUCUUUCAUUUACUCUUAGUGAUAUGCACAAAAGGCAUUUAAAAAUCCUGAAAAUAAUAACUUUGAUAAAUAAACCUUAAAUGGUUUAUGUAGAGCUUCUCCUCCAAUUUAAGCUGUGCACCUCGAUGUUCUCCUACAAAUGAUGUAUGCCUCAAUGUUAUAUUGCAGUUGAAUGGUAGCAAGUUUUUAUGAGAAGCGUAAAAACAGUUCACUCUUUUCCAUUGACUGCUGAUGAGGGCAAGUGCUAUCAUUUUUGAUGUUAAAAAAUUGUAGGCAGAGUAAAUAAUAGACAUUUUUAGUGUAAUAUUUAAGCGAUCCUUUACCUAAUACCGGCCGUUAUAAAUGCGGAUAGUUUCACUUAUCUAGAUCUGACUUUCGUGUGAACGCUUUUAAUUUCAGUUUUUGCUAUACUUGUAAGUGAAUUUUUAUAUCACUUACAUACACACAGGUGAGUGUGUCAUAUUGGCAGCCACCAGACCUACCUACCUACCUACAUACGCACAUAUAUAUGUCGAUCUACUGUAAUGUACGUACAUUUAUUUUUUGAAAGAUGUUUUUAUAUUUUAAAUUUUUUUAAUUUUAUUUAAUUUUUUUUCGUUCAUUAUGCAUUUUGUUACAUUAAUAUUUUGACGGCAAUAAUGGACUUCAUUAUUUUCAAAUAGCUUCAUAAUUUUCGCCCUUGAAUAACGGUUUUAUGUUUGUUUGUUGUUCUAAGAGCCUAAAACAUUUUCCAUGGCGUUUUGGGGAAUGCUACUGAAGUGACAAUAUUUAUUCGGAUAUUAAUUCCCACCGUUCUAGUAAUUUACAAUGAACUAUUAUGGAAAUUCAUCAUUUCGCCUGCCGGUAAUAGUUCAUGAUGUGCAAUUCUCUUCCCGAUCCGCCAUAAGCACAAAAUUCAUUACCUGCUCUGGUGUCUGAGCUGGGUUUGUCAACACUUGAAACGCUUCAGCUGAAUUCAUCCAUAGUCGUUAUCGCACAGUUUAGUGCAUUAAUAAAUUUUUCGUCAACACUAGAUCGAUUUUGCUCGUUCUUAGCAGAACUUACAUGUGAAAAAUUUGAUCCAGUAAUUUGUUCCCAUAAAUCAAGCUUCGUUUUUUAUAUGUAUAUUGUAUAUACACACAUAUGUGCAUGUAUGUAGCUUUUAUCAAAUUGUUCUAAACUGCUUGUGAUGGAUGUUUACUUCCCUAGCCCACAGUCAUACAAUCAAAAAUUAAAAUAUUUUCAAUACCGGCAAAUAAUCAUCAAAUUUUGACAAAGUUUGACCAACCGAUCUUUGAAUUUCGUUAUAAUUUUGAACGAUUUAUGCAAGUUGUCGAUCCUUAUAACGCUCCUUAAUAUUUUGUCAAAUAAGACAAAUGACAAAAAUGGCUGCCAAAUGGAUUAAUCAAAAUAGUCGAUACGGCAGUUGAAAUACAUACAUACGUGUGUAGGGUUUCGCUAUUGAAAAAGCAUUCUGCAUAUAAUUUUUUAUUAGGAAGUUCUUGUAUAAUACAUACAUAUAUGUAUAUGAAAUAUGUGAUCAAAUUGUUCCGGAACAGAAUGCACGACAUCUUCAUUCUCAUUCAUUCUAUUGCAAUUGGCAUAAUCUAGCAUCACUAAUGCUUAUAAGACUUAUUUUGUAAACUGCCCUUCGCGACAGCGCUGCUUUUGUAAAUGCUUCCGUUGCAUGCCUUUUUCUUCGAUCAAGUGCGUUCCGGCAAUAAAGUCAAGUUUGCCAAAAGUAAAUUUCUUUGUUUAUUAAUCAUAAAUAUUCGCUAAAUUUCAGUGCAAUACAGCGCAAAACAAGGGGGGAAGAUUUGUUAUUAUAUUGUUUUACAAUUUAUGGGCAUAUUGGCUCACAUAAAAAUUCACGAUAAGGCCGAUUAUUACAAUUUAUUUUUAUUUAAUUUCAAAUUAAAUUAUUAUGUGUUAUAUUAAUUUAUUUUCUUGUCAUGUUACUAUUUAGAAGUGUUUUUUAGUUUUCAUAUUUUAUUUAUUGAAUUUUACAUUAUUAUUUUAUAGGCAUUUAUUUUCAACAAUUUAUUUCAUUUCCAUUUAUUUAUUGUAUUCUUAUUUUUUAUACUUCUUCCAUUUAUUUAUUACGUUCUUAUUUCUAAUAUUUCUUCCAUUUAUUUAUUUUUUUCUUAAUUUUUUAUAUUUCUUCUGUGAAAUGUUCCUAAACAACGAAUACAUAAAGUAGCUGAGCUGAAAUAUAACGAAAUCCGCAUACCAAAGAUUUUUAUUUGUGAGUACACAUUUUAAGUUUAUACAAGGUGGCGCAAAAUUAAUCACCCUAACGGCAGAUUUAUAAUUUUUGCAAAUGACGUCGGGCAUUAAUCAUAUUUGACACUUGUGAACUAAACAGCUGCAGUAAACAAACAGAUCAAAAUAAAGAUUCUCAUCACUCUAAAUUAUUAAUUUAUGUAUUAAAAAAGUUGUUGAAAAACAAAAUUGGAUGAUUAAUUUUGUGUCACCUUGUAUUUAUGUGCCAACAUAGAUAUGUACAUACAUACAUCCAUGCAUUUGCCAUUUAGUAUAUAGAAUGUAUGUAUGUAUUUAUUAGUCCCAAGCCUUGCCUUUAAGGCAACCAAAUUCUAAAACUGUAUGAAUAAAUGUAAAAGGUAUUUUUAAGAACCUUAAUUACACACAUACAUACACAGACUAAAUAAACAUUAUUUUCCUUUUAAUUAUUUUAGUUUCAAUUUUGUGUCAACCAACUUUCACAAUUUCUAAACAUACUUAUUACAAAACAAUUUGAUCAUUUGAUUAUUUAUAUUAAAUUUUAUUCCAAUGCGUUUGUAAAUAUAAGCCCAUAGUUGAAUGGGACUAAAUACACAUUGCAAAAACAAAAAAAUACUUGUCAUAUUGAUUGUCUCACUCCUAACUUUAGACUCUUUGUAAAACAUUACACCAGAGUUAAGAGUAAACAGAAACAAAAAAAAUGUGUACAAAAGCAAAUUAUAUCAGUUCGUUAUCACAACAACAUAAGAAAUAGUUAGUACAAUAAUACAGUUAUAAAUUCUGUUAUAAAUACAAAUUCAACUAUAAUUGUUAAUGCAUUCGAUUUUCAACUCACAAUACAAACUGCGAUCUACAAAAACAACAUUAAGGCAAAAGCAAACUCAAAUAUCGAUUAAGUGUUAAAUAAAUAUGAAUCAAAGCAUUUCAGUUGAGAAAAAUACAAAAGUUGAACAGUAGGUGGAAUUUGUUACUUUAUACAUAUUAAAAGAGAAAAAUGGUAUAUAAACAAACACUCGUAUAUUCAAUCCCACCACAGAAUUUUAAUAUUGCAAAUAAAUACAACUAUGCAUACUUGAAUUUGCAAAUACUACAAAAACAACAGCAGAAAAUAGAAGAGUAUCAACACAAACUUGACUUGGGCGAAAGGCAAAAGCAAAAUUCAAUAAAUAGACGUACCAUAUAAUGAAUAGGGAAUGAUAAACUUAGAAAAUUUAAAUUAUCAAUAAUUAGAAGAGGGUGGAUAUGUACGAGUAUGUGCGAACUAUUGAGUGUACGAGUAUGCCGAGGGUAGCAGGCAAAAAGAUGGAAAAAACUAUAGAUAAAUAUUAAAAUAAAGUGCAGUUGGCGAUAAGUGGUUAUAGUAUUAUUACUGUAAAUAGUUCGAAGCAAACAAGCGUAAACUUCAAGAUCUAAAUGUUCAAAUAAAAGUUCAAAAAUU